GUUUGGUGAAAUCAGGUAGACAUAAAAGAGUAUCAACCCGGGACUAAGCUCUGCAAAAUAGAACAAAUGGAAAAAUUAAAUCCCCUGCUAUUUCUUUCUGUCAUUGUUCUGCUUCUUCAUGUCCCUAACUCUAUCACAAUCUCAUCAAGAGAGACCACUCACGAAACUUUUCUUCAGUGUCUCCGAAGCCACACAAGCCCACAAGAUCAAGUUUCCAACAUAGUCUAUGCCCAAACAAAUGCAUCCUACGCCUCUAUUCUUGGAGCCUAUGUUAGAAAUGCCAGGUUCAACACCCUGUCAACCCCAAAACCAUUACUCAUUGUUACCCCUUUCAGUGAACACCAAGUACAAGCCACUGUGGUGUGCGCCAAAAGCAUUGGCCUUCAACUCAAAAUCAGGAGUGGUGGCCAUGAUUUUGAAGGUGCUUCAUACGUCUCUCAGGUACCCUUUGCCAUCCUUGACAUGUUCAAUUUUCAGAAUGUCAAUGUGGACGUGCAAAAUGAGGUUGCUGUGAUUCAAGCUGGUGCUAGUCUUGGACAAGUUUAUUACAGGAUUUGGGAGAAGAGUGAAGUUCAUGCGUUUGCUGCAGGAGCCUGUCCAACAAUUGGUGUUGGUGGUCACUUGAGUGGAGGAGGGUAUGGUAACAUUAUAAGAAAAUAUGGUUUAACUAUUGAUCAUGUUGUUGAUGCUAAAAUUGUUGAUGUCAGAGGUAGGAUUCUUGACAAGGAGGCUAUGGGAGAAGACCUUUUCUGGGCUAUUAGAGGAGGGGGAGGAGCAAGUUUUGGAGUCAUAUUAUCAUACACAGUUAAACUUGUUCCAGUACCAGAAAAGGUUACAGUUUUUCUAGUUGACAACACUUUGGAUCAAAAUGUCACUGAUAUUGUUUUCAAGUGGCAGCAUGUUGCACCACACACUGAUGAUAGGCUUUUCAUGAGGAUGACUUUGCAGCCUGUGAUCUCCAAGGGGAAGAAAACCAUCAGAGCCUCAAUUAAGGCUUUGUUUCUAGGAAGUGCUAAUGAACUUGUCACAUUGUUGGAGAAGGAGUUUCCUUUGCUGGGACUGAAGAAGGAAAAUUGCAAGGAAAUGAGGUGGAUUGAUUCUGUGCUUUGGGGGAUGAAUUCUAACAAUGGCUCAUCACUUGAUGCAUUGCUUGACCGAAGCCGUUACUCAAUUUAUUUCAACAAAAUAAAAUCCGAUUAUGUAGAGACCCCGAUUUCCAAAGAUGGGUUGAAAUGGAUAUCGAAAAAGAUGAUUGAGUUGGGAAACACUGAGCUUAUUUUCAUUCCUUAUGGAGGGAAAAUGAAUGAGGUCCCUUCUGAUGCUACACCAUUUCCUCACCGUGCAGGGAAUUUGUACAAAAUUCAGUACAAUGUGAGUUGGCUGGAGCCAGGAGCUGAUGCAGAAAAAAAUCUUAUGGGUCAGAUAAGAAAGCUAUAUAGUUACAUGACACCGUUUGUAUCAAAGAAUCCUAGGAGGGCCUUCUUGAAUUAUAGGGACCUUGAUAUUGGUAUCAAUAGCCACGGUAAGGAUAACUUUGAAGAUGGUAAAGUUUUUGGUAUCAAGUACUUUGAUAAAAAUUUUGAAAGGUUGGUGAAGGUUAAGACUGCAAUUGAUCCAGACAACUUUUUCUGGAAUGAACAGAGCAUACCGAAACUUCCUGCAAUCAAGCAACAGGUAGAGAAUCUAACCGAGAAGAGACAAAUUUGUUUGUUUAUUUAAUUUGUUACUUUUGUCUCUAGUGUCUACUUGUUUUCUUGGAUUCCUUCCUUGAUUUUGUAUUUUAGAAGUACUCUCUUAAUUUCUAUUCUUAAGGUC